CAUAAUUCUUGUUGAAGGCGGCCUGCAGACGUAUUCAUCGCGCUGAAAAACGACUCCGCAGUUGUACGUCGGAAAGCGGCCCGCCGAAUGGAACCCUACAGACCAUGAACAGAAAUACGAAUCCAUGUAAAGGGCGGGUCGCCCAGCUGCCAGGUGAUAUAAUAGCCCACUUAUCUUGUUGGGGUGAGGCGAUACACCUCGGGAUUUACAAAUAUGAGGUCCCUUCUUGCUAUUGAUUUCUUUAAUCUACCAAGUCAGCCAUAGAAUUCAUACCAUGAGCAAUACAAGCGAUUGCAACGUUCACGGCCCAGAAUUCCGUGAGGCAAAGCCCUCACAGGGUCAUCCGGCACGACCUGCAUCGAAGCUCUUUCGUCUCGACAAUCGCACCACGAUCAGUUCCUUGGGCACAACACUGGCAAUUGCCAUUCUCGAGAGUGGUGCUGAUAUAGUUUGCCUGGAUAUUCCCCCCACUCCUACCGCUGCAAAUUGGAACAAAGUCGAAGCUACCGCGACGAACCAUGCAGGCCAACUAUUCUACUAUUCUCUUGACAUAACAGAUGAAAAUGCUGUAGCUGAGACUUUUGCCACGUUUGGCCCUACACUGCGAUACCCCCUAAAGGGUCUGGUUUCUUGCGCGGGACUGUCGCUGAAUGGAACGUCGACCGAUUUCCCUGCUGCGUCGUUCUGCCGGAUGCUAGAUAUAAACGUCACGGGAACAUUCCUGGUCGCGCAGGCCACGGCUCGGGAGAUGGCGAAGACUAGAUCCACUGGAAGCAUGGUCUUGGUGGCGAGUAUGAGUGGAUACGUAUCGAACAAGGGCGUCGACACCGCCGGCUGCAACGCCCCCAAGGCAGCCAUUUACCAACUGACGUGCUCCCUAGCCGCCGAAUGGGGAUCCCGUGUUGGAAUACCACUGAUCCGAGUCAACUCCCUCUCACCCGGAUACAUUCGCACCGCAGCCACAGCUGAAGCGCUUCAGAAGCCUGGGAUGGAGAGUCAGUGAGUUGGGGAUAAUAUGUUGUUCCGGCUAAGCACGGUGGAUGAGUUUCGGGUGCCAGUGUUGUUUAUGUUGAGCGAUGGGAGUAGCUUUAUGACCGGUGCUGAUUUGCGGGUGGAUGAAGGGCAUUGCUCUUGGUAGGAGUCUAUUUAUGCUAGUUGAAGGAGAUUUGGG